AUGCUCUCUGAUUUUCUGGCACACGCGCCGACUUCGGUAUUGAGCAAGAAUUUCCGCCUCGAACCCGAAAUCUUCUCACACAUUCCUGCAUCGGGGAAGUAUAUCUUCCAGGGCUCAAUCCCUAUUCCUGCAGACGAUGAGAUGCCUGAUAGACCACAUAUCAAGGAAUCGAAGUGGCGGUUUACGCAUAAAAUGCUUGAUCAGGAUCCACUGAAGCUCUCGGAAGAAGUCAGAAUCACGGAUACGAAUACCUUUCCGCUCUCCAAGACUGCUUCAGCUGCUCAUGUGAUCAUCAAGCAGCGAGGGAUCAGGGAUAUGCACUGGCAUCCUUUUGCAGACGAAUGGUCUUUCUUCAUCCGCGGUAGCGCGGGAAUCAUGUUCUUUGUUUCGAGUAGGACCGCCAGGACGUUCAAUUAUACGUCGGGUGAUGAGGGUAUUGUACCAAAGAACAUGUGA